AUGACCCUCUCGAGAGAACAAUCAUCUUUUGCACUGGAAUCUAUAUCUGACCGCAGAGGAGUGUUACGUUCCUUCCUGGUAGCGCUGGUGUUGUGCGUGUGCUUGACGAGUGCUGCCUUAAUCAUUCCGACCUGUGCUUCCUCAUUGCCCUUGAAAAAGAAACCAUCAUCAUCUGUGAUUCAUUUCAGAGCAAGCUCAUUGAGUACGGAGGAUGAGCAUGGACAAGCCGUUGCUGCUACUACUCCCUUUGUGCUUAAUGAGGAAAAUAAUUUACUUUCCAUGGCGAAUCGAAGGAAGAUGGAUGCCUUAAUCAAUUUCCGCCCCAUGACUACCACUGUUGAUAAUAACAACAACAACCACAUCGCGAUGGAAGAACCCAAAUAUCAAUUUAUUGUUAAAUUUGCUAGCCCCAAGUCUAUUCAUCACGAUGAGGUCGUUGAUAUUUCAUCACGAGGUUCUUCAUCUUCAAGCCAUGAUGAAGCUUCCGUACGGCGCCAAAGUCUUUCUUCAUCAGGGCUCAUGACCAAAUGGAUGCGUUCCGGUAGCGUUCUCGCGAAUAAUGUCGUAUCCGUAGUGGCUAAAGCAAGCGAAUUGGAUCAAGCGAAUCGAGAGAAUCCUUCUCUCUUCGAAUGGAUUGGUGAAUACGAGACGAAAUUUAAGAGUACCCUCAAUUUUCAAUUCUUGGAAGAAAAAUCUCGUGAACAAUUGAAUAAGGCUUCUGCCCAUUCGGAGAGAUUGAUGGCAGAAUCGACUUCAUCAAUGUUGGAUAUUGUCAUUUCACUGAUUCCAUCCUUGGAGGCCAUUCAAGCAGGAAAAGAGCACGAAGAAUUGCAACAAGUCGUCUCCUCUCUCAAUUCCAUACUCGAAUCCAAGUUUAGAAAAGAUCAAGAAUUUACAAGCAUCAUUCUCCAUCAUGCGAAUGAAUGUGAAAUGAGUUUCUCACCUCUCAAAGCUGCCCAAAUUGGUGAGAUAUUGUUGUCCCAUCCACAUGUUCAUUUCAUUGAGAGAAAAUUAGAAAUGACUCUCCACAAUCGUUAUGCGAGUGCACUCAUGCAACAAGCAAGUUCGACCAGUGCAUCAUCCACCGCUUCAUCGACACCAUUCUAUGACAUGGGAAUUUAUGGUAAUAAUCAAGUCGUGGCUGUUUCAGAUUCUGGCCUUGAUCAUGACAAUUGCUUUUUCUAUGAUUCCAAGACUACUCCAACAGUGAACGUUUUGGACAUGAAUCGAAGAAAGGUUGUUUACUACUCAAGUAAGAAUGGAGAUAAUAUGGAUGGUAUUGAUGGUCAUGGUACACAUGUUUGUGGCGCCAUUGUGGGAUCCAUUGAGAAUCAAAGUCUAAACGUCUCUUUGAACAGAUAUCAUGGCAUGGCUCCAGGAAGUAAGAUUUGGUUCACAGACAUUCAAGCAGGAAAUGGUGGUCUUUCAAUUCCAAAUCCUGUUACCCCAAUCUUCCAACUGCCCUAUGACAAUGGAGUUCGCAUCUUCUCCAAUUCUUGGGGUUGUGGACCCGAUAGUUUCGUGUCAUGCAAUUAUGACUGCUCCAACUGUCAAUUGACACGAGCUGUUGGAACCUAUGCCUCUGGUAGCUCUGUGACAAAUGCAGAUUGUAAGGCACUCUUUGGCACUUCAACAUGUUGUAAUAUUUGUAAUGUUUACAGCAGUCAAUGUCAAGCCAUUGACAAAUUCUUGUGGGAGCGAAAAGAUGCUGUCAUUUUGUUUUCUCAAGGAAAUUCAGGAUACCUAUCUGAGUUUGGUAACACCGGUUAUCCAGCAGUUUCGAAAAAUACCAUCUCUGUUGGUGCUCACCAUACCAGUAAUGCAGGUUUCGUAGAUGGUAUAAAUUAUCAAGAUUUUGUGAAAAAGAUGCAAGAUGCAGGUUUACCAUUCACUAGCACUGCGCAAUGUUGUGCCUAUUCAGGUUCAAACUAUCAAGCAGUGAGGGAAUAUUGCUGUCCCAAUACCAUUGCACAAUUAUAUUCGUCACAACCCUCGAUUUAUAAUGAAAAUAAUUUGGCGUAUUUCAGUAGCAGAGGCCCUGCGUGUGGUGGAAGAAUCAAACCAGAUGUUGUGGCUGUUGGUCACACAGUUAUUUCCACUCACUCUGAUGGUUCUCUAACCACAAAACAAUGUGGUACACAAACACCACAACUUGGCAACAGUGCUGCCUUGUUGUUAAUGAGUGGCACCUCAAUGGCAACUCCAUUAACAGCUGGUGCUGUCAGCCUCUUGCGUGAAUAUUUCCAAAAGUACGCACAACUGUCCACUCCAAAAGGCACCCUGUUGAAAGCAGCUCUUAUUCACAGUGCUACACCACUCACAGGAAGCGUUGCCGUUUCUAGCAAUGAAAAUAAUCGAAAGAAUAUUCAACAGGCAUAUGGCUCUCCAAACUUUUAUGAUGGUUUCGGCAAGGUCCAACUUGGAAACCUUUUGAAAGACUCUAAUGGCAAUGCAUUAGACAUGAAAAUAUGGGAAGCCGGUUUUACAUCCUCUUCAGAAGUCUUGCGUGUGUGUUUGAGAAUGAAAAAGACGGUAAAGAGUCCUUCAGCAUUUAAGGCAACAUUGGCUUGGUACGACAUGCCAUCGAGUAUUGCCGUCGAACCUAAACUUAUUCAUGAUUUGGAUCUUAUUGUGAAUCAAUAUACAUGGAAUGUAAAUACCAAGGAGAGUUCUAAUUUGCAAUUAAUCUUGGCAAAUGGCGCUACAGAAUAUGCAGAUGAUAAGAAUAAUGUAGAACGAGUAAGUGUGAGCGGAAUUUCCAAUUCUGCAGCUGCAGCAGAGUAUCAAAUGUUGAGCAUGCAAAUUGUGAAUUAUGGAAUUACUGCCAAUACUAAACAAGACUUCUCAUUGUUGGCCACUUAUCGAAAAGGAGACUGGGAAUUACUGGACUCGACUGAAUGCAUUUAUCAAUUAUCGGUAGAUCCAACCCAACCACAAAAAGGUAACGUGGAUAUUGAGACAGCACCUUCAGUGCCGCUAGUGACCACUUUGAGCAUUGUUGGAGGUAUUGCUGUUUAUGUGAGUGUGUUAAUAGGAAGUAUCAUUUUGAUAUUAAUGUAUCGCUCAUGGAGACGCUCAAAGCAAGGAAAGGCUGCUUCUGCAUCUUCAACAACAACGAUCAAUCAAGCAAGUCUUGUAGCUGCUUCUCAGGAGAUUAUGAUGGACGAUAUGGCUGUUUCUGAAUAUUAUUAUAGACGUGACAGCAAGUUGAAUUAA